AUUCCACUCUCCUUGUGAACUUCUUUUGAUCGAUUCAACUGCUAUUCCUCUCUGUGGUCAAAGGGGCAGAUGAAGAACGGGAAACCACCACAUCUCUUAUUCCUCUUCAUCUCCAUCUCGCUUAAAGCACUCACGUUCUCGGUCACUGGCAACAACGUUGGUGUAUACUCGCCGACCGACGAUAUUGCCGUUGACUGCGGCUCCUCCAGCAGCUCCUCUGUGUCCAAUCGGACUUGGAACGGAGAUGGCAACAACGGUUCGAACUACAAUCUAAUUGAUGAAACUCACUCCUCUAUCAUUGCAAAUGCAAGCCAUUCAUCUUCGGCUUUCCCUGGCCCUGUCCUAUACUACACUGCUCGCAUCUCUCGCUCCGAGUUUGCCUACACCUUCCACGUCCAUGCAGGGCCCAAAUUCGUUCGCCUCCACUUCUUCCCUUCUGAUUACCUCAAUUUUCGCCGCACCGAUUCCUUCUUCUCGGUCGAGGCAGCCGGCUGCACUCUGCUUCGCAACUUCAGUGCUUCACUGUUUUCCGACAACACUAGCUCUGUGAGCUUCUACAAAGAGUUCUGCUUAACUGUCGGAGCCGACCGGAUAUUGAACAUAACAUUCGCUCCGACUCCUGGUUAUUCAGAUGCGUAUGCUUUUGUGAAUGGAAUCGAAGUCGUUUCCAUGCCCGAACGUCUCUACUACAACACAACCAUCGACUCAAACGAGAAAAUCACGUUUGCAGGCCAGGCGAUGCCAUAUCCCUCCGGAUUCACUAGUUCUCUAGAAAUGGUGAAGCGCUUGAACGUGGGAGGACAGUUUGUUGCUUCAGCUGGUGACACGGGAAUGUACAGGACAUGGGAAGCAGAUGAGGCCUACGUGACUUCUUCGAUGGCUGGAGUUUUACCAGUUAACGAAACUAUCCAACUCAAUUACAGUGACCAAGCGCCAAACUACAUGGCUCCAGAUGCCGUGUACAAAACGGCGAGGACAAUGGGGAUGGACAAAAAAAUUAAUCUGAGCUACAAGCUCACGUGGUCCAUCGAGGUGGAUACAAACUUCUACUACUUGGUCAGGUUACACUUUUGCGAGUUCCAGACAGAGAUAAAUAAGCCCAGAGAUAGGCUUUUCGAGAUCUUCAUAGAUUCACAACUGGUUGAAAAUCGUGCGGAUGUCAUUAGUUGGAGCGGGAAGGGCAUGCCUGUCUAUAGAGAUUAUGCAGUAUACAUGGAUGACGGCCAAAAGAAAAGAAGCAACCUCUCCGUGGCGUUGGGCGCGCUUCCGGAUGGUUAUACUCGUUACUCUGAUGCCAUCUUGAAUGGCCUCGAAAUAUUCAAGAUCAGCAAUCCAGGCCAGAAUCUCGCAGGGCUGAACCCGGAUCCAGUCCCAGGUAAUCAGCCGGUGCUUUCACCGGCGAGCAAAGGAUCGUCGAACCACAGCAAAACAGCAAAGAUCGCCACCAUUGCUGGCGUAGCUUCAGGAUUCACGGCGCUCGCUCUCCUGGCUUUCUUCCUUUACCGGCAAGGAAACAGAGGGAAGUAUUCGACCUCGAGGGACGGCGCCUGGUGGUGGGGCCUGGUCUCCUGCGCGUCGACCAAGUCAACAACGAUCCAGGGGUCAUCCUUGCCGUCGGAUCUGUGCCGCCACUUCUCGCUGGCCGAGAUCAGAGAGGCCACGAACAACUUCGACCAGGUGUUCAUUAUAGGCGUGGGCGGGUUCGGCAACGUGUACAAGGGCUACGUCGAUGGCGGGGCCACCCAAGUGGCGAUCAAGCGGCUAAACCAGGGAUCGCAGCAGGGCCUCCACGAGUUCGGGACGGAGAUCGAGAUGCUCUCGCAGCUCCGGCACCUCAACCUCGUCUCCCUGAUCGGGUUCUGCAGCGACGAGGGAGAGAUGAUCCUCGUGUACGACUACAUGGUGCGCGGUACCCUCCGCGACCAUCUCUACAACACCGAUAAUCCCCCACUCCCCUGGAAGCAGCGGCUCGAGAUCUGCACGGGCGCCGCGUGUGGGCUCCACUACCUCCACACCGGUGCCAAGCAUAACAUCAUACACCGCGACAUGAAGACGACCAACAUCCUGCUCGACGACAAGUGGGCUGCCAAGGUCGCCGACUUUGGGCUCUCGAAGGUCGGGCCCACGAGCGUGUCCAAGACGCACGUCAGCACGGUCGUGAAGGGCACCUUCGGGUACCUCGACCCGGAGUACUGCAGGCGCCAGCAGCUGACUGACAAGUCCGAUGUCUAUUCCUUCGGCGUGGUGCUGUUCGAGGUGCUGUGUGCGAGGCCCGCCGUGAACCGGAUGGCCCCGAAGAAUCAGAUCAGCCUGGCCGCCUGGGCCCAGAGCUGCUGCAAGAGAGGGGCAGUAGAGGAGAUCGUGGACCCGCACCUGAAGCGGGCGAUCGCCCCCGAGUGCCUCAACAAGUUCUGCGAGAUCGCCAUGAGCUGCUUGCAGGAUGAGGGGGCCAAGCGGCCAUCCAUGAACGACGUUGCGUGGGGCCUCAAGUUCGCACUGCAGCUACAGGUGAGCGCUGAGCAGGGGGUGAUAGGCCAUUUGGGUGCGUCAGUGCACGACAGCAAUGACAGCGACGAUGACGUGGCUCCGAUCAGAGGCAAUGCGAUGGACGGCAGCGAUGAGGUGUUCAGCACUAGCGAUAGUGAUGGUUAGAAGAGCAGUUGGGCAGCUGCGACGAUGACCAGUAGCAGUGAUGUUUAUGAUGCGAGUACGACUAGUUGCGACUCACAGAAGUUGCUGUCUGAGGCUGUCUUCUCUGAGAUAAUAUAAAUCCCCAAGCUCGUUAAGGAAAGGACAUUCAAGUUUAACUGUUCCUACUCUUUUCUUGAUGUU